AUGCCGAGUCCAUCCCAGCUGUUCCUUCUAGCAGAUCACAUCAAACUCUCUCUGCUAGAACGACAACGCGCGGUAUCCCUGAGCCUCGAGCCCAACACACAAGACAAAGAGAUCUCUCGCUCCCUCGACUCGCUGCGCGAAGGCAUCGAGGCUGCGGAAUCCGAACACGCACGGUUGGAGGAGAACAACGAUAGCAAUGCGGCAGAGUUUAAGGAUGAGCUGGACAGAGUCCGUGUACAAUUUCAGGACCUCUUGUCCCUAUUUCACAGUGCCGAUGGAGACAGUGCUGCCGCGUCCAACAGCAACAAUCCGGCCGUGAACCAAGCCAAAAGCUCUCCCACAUCAUCAUCGUCGUCCCCGGAUAUCAAGCAGCCUGUUCCGCAGCAUCCGUCGUCAAAAUCUGUCCGGUUCAUGGACGCUUCCCCCAGUGCAGCCGCAGGAAAUCUGGACGACGAAGAUCCCAACCGCAGUGCGCUCUUCCAACCGUACCGGGACUCUCCGUCCCCACCUGGAGUAGAUACGUCGGCAAUGUCAAAUCUACAGAUCCACGAACAUCAUUCCCAGAUCCUCAGAGACCAGGACGAUCAAUUAGAUCGUCUAGGUGAGUCCAUUGGACGGCAACACCAGCUGAGUAUCCAGAUUGGCGACGAACUCGAAGGCCAUAUUGCCUUGUUAGAUGGGAUGGAAUCCGACGUCGAUCGACAUCAGAGUCGGCUAGACGUUGCCAAACGACGACUCAACAGGAUCCGGAAGAGCGCGGGGGAGAACUGGAGCAUGAUGACUAUUAUCGGGUUGAUUAUUGUUCUGGUGAUAUUGAUUGUCAUAUUGAAGUGA